CUCAGAAAAAAACAGCCAGAAUUUGCAGAAAAGAUCAUCCCGGUAGCGGGCGAUGUCAGUGAACUAAAUCUUGGCAUCGGAGAUCAAGAAUGGCACAUACUGACAGAUGAGGUCAAUAUAAUAUUCCACCUGGCUGCUACGACCAGAUUUGAUGCGUCAAUCCGAGAGUCAACUUUGAUCAACAUUCGAGGCGCCAAAGAAGCUCUGCGUUUAGGCAAGGAAUGCAAAAACCUGAAAUCUUACGUCCACGUCUCCACAGCCUACGCUAAUGCUACCCACAGUCGAGUCAAUGCUCAAGUGCGAGAAGACUUCUACCCGUCUCCCAUUGACCCAGACAUGAUGAUUGAGCUCAUAGAUUCUGUUGAGGAAAGCAGACUUAACGAUAUGACUCCCAGUUUGAUCCAAGACUGGCCGAACACAUACUGCUUCACCAAGGCCAUUGCUGAAGAAGCAGUGAGAACCAUGAGUGGAGAUCUCCCUAUCUGUGUGGUCAAACCUUCCAUAGUAAUAGGCGCCAUGAAGGAACCAACUCCAGGUUGGAUAGAUAUGUCAGCUGUGUAUGGAGUCACUGGGGCGGGUCUAGGAGCAGCUCUAGGCCUAAUGCACACAUCGAUGACAAACCCAAAUGUGAACCUGGGUCUGAUACCGGUAGACUACGUGAACAACGCAAUUAUUGUCGCAGCGUGGGAGACUGCCAAACAAAAAUCAACCAAAGACUCGAACCCUAAGGUGUAUACUGUAAUAUCAUCCACGAGAAGCCCUAGAAAGUGGAGUGAUCUCUACAAGCUAUUGCAGGAUAUAACAUUGUGGAAGUAUCCAUCACCAAUGUCUAUAGCUUACAGCUUGUACCUUCAAACAAGUAGUCCGUUCUUGUACUGGGUCUAUUCCUGGCUGUUCCACAUGAUACCAGCGUAUAUUGCUGAUGGAGUAUGCUCAGCUUUAGGAAGACAAAGACGAUUCGUCAAAUUAUUUACAAAAAUGACAAGACUAAUGUUGGCAUUGUCGUACUUUUCUCUGAACGACUGGCAUUUUGCGGAUGAUAAUACUGAAGCCUUGUACGACAACCUUUCAGCGGCUGACAAAGAAAUUUUCAGUUUUGACAUCGAUAGACUGAACUGGACUGAAUUCGUAGCUUCAUGGGGUGUUGGAGACUGCAAAACGAGAGAUUACCUUGACCUGGGGGGUAACUAUGGCAUUCAAAACUGGAAGCAACGACUGUCGCAACCGAGGGCCGGUGUUGUGCACGCUAUUAAAGCAGCGGUAAGACCCCACUUUGAGGAGUGGCUUGAGAGAGUCCACGGCUUCCUCACCUUCCGCCUGACGCCGGUGCUUACCGGGCACGGCAGCUUCGGUAGGUUCUUAUAUCGCCUAGUCGCCAUUGUCAGGGCCACCCAGAGGACACGGUGGCGGUGUUCCUUGCUUGAGUUGAACAUCGCGGUGUCCUCUUAA